AUGGCAAUCAGACCUGUAUACAGACCCACUAUCGUCAAAAAGAGGACGAAAAGAUUUAUCCGCCAUCAAUCUGAUCGCUAUGACAAACUCAAGCGUAACUGGCGUAAACCUAGAGGUAUUGACAACAGAGUGCGCAGGCGUUUCAAGGGUCAAUAUUUGAUGCCCAGCAUUGGUUAUGGUUCAAAUAAGAAGACACGUCACAUGCUACCUAAUGGCUUCCGUAAGGUACUCGUACACAACGUCCGUGAACUCGAGAUCCUGAUGAUGCAGAACAGGAAGUACUGUGCAGAAAUCGCCCACGGUGUCUCCUCAAAGAAACGCAAGGUGAUCGUUGAGCGCGCGCAACAGCUCAGCAUCAGGGUUACCAACGCAGCUGCCCGCCUCCGCAGCCAGGAGAACGAAUAA